AUGGAUCAACCAACUCAUAUCAUCGACCACGAAGGAGAGGUGAUCAUAGUCUUACGCAAUGCCAACUCUCCCUUCGCACCAGACGAUUACGAAGACAUGAAUACUGAAGCGGAUGCCUUGGAACUCCCAGAAACAGAUGGAGAGCAACCUGCUGGGCAAACCGACGAGAAGCGACUUGCCAAAGAACAGCCGCCCGAGACGCCAGCCGAAGACGCGCCCCUCAGUGAGACACCAGAAGAGAAUCGUUUCCGUAUUCGAGUCUCCGCGAAACAUUUAAUGUUCGCGUCCCCGGUUUUUAGAAACAUGCUCACUGGAGGCUGGAAGGAAAGCAUGACUUAUCUAUCGAAAGGCUCCGUUGAAAUCACUGCCGAGAGUUGGGAUAUUGAAGCGCUACUUAUCCUACUUCGCGCAAUUCACGGACAACAGAGUGAAAUCCCUCGAAAGCUAUCUCUCGAAAUGCUCGCGAAAGUUGCUGUUUUGAUCAACUACUAUGACUGCAAAGAUGCCGUGUCGAUUUUGACAGAUCUAUGGAUCAACGCUCUGGAAGAAAAGGUUCCCGAAUCAGGUUCCCGGGAUUUAAUGUUGUGGGUCUGGGUCUCUCAGUUCUUCAAACUGUCUUCGCAGUUCGAAACAUCAACAUCGAAUGCCAUGUCGCAGUGUGAUGGCUUGAUUACCAGCCGAGGGCUUCCAAUACCCGAGAAAGUUAUCAGUAAGGACACCCAACGCUAA